ACUGGCGGGCGUCUAUUUGUAUACCAGGAUGCCCCCGCCCUUUCUGUAGAUCAAGUUUAUUUGGCUUCUUCUUGUGGGAGUUGGACGAAAUCAUUAGCUAUUCUUUUUUUUUAAAGCUGGGCGUAGUAGUGUCUCAACACCUACGCAAUUGACACUACAAACAUGGCAGAAGAUCCUACCAAGGCCGGCCCCCCUGCUGGUGCUGGUGCUACUCCCCGUACCGCCAGUGGCACGGAGGCUGUCGAAUCACACAAUGCAGCAGCAGCCUCUACUGGUGAAGAGCCUGUCGAGGCUCCUGCUCCCGCGUAUGAGGAUGUCACUCGCGAAAAGGCACCAGAACAAGAGCAUGUCAUCCAUGUCGAGGAUAGCGGCGUCACUCGUGACAAGCACCGACAGGCGGGUGAAUCCUUUAUCCGCCAGCAGCACACUAUUCCCACGACAGGCAAGCGCAUGCUGACGAGCAAGUGGGAGUACAUUUUCUUCUGCAUGUUUUACUUUUCCAACAAUGGCGCACCCAUUGGAAGCAACGGUGGUGCGCUCACUCAGCAGCUCAUGAAUCUGCAAUUCCCCGACGGAACCAUCCACUGGGGUGGCCAAGACAUUCCCCUCAAAUCUCAGCUCCUCGAUGUCACCGGUAUUCUCUUUGCCUGUCAACUGGUACUCCUGCUCGUCAUUGGCCCUUAUGCCGACUAUGGCAACUGGCGACCCUGGAUCAUGAUCAUCGGACAGAUCAUCCUCUACAUUUGCCAGUUUGCCAUGUGCGGCAUCACCAGAGCUGACCAGUGGGAAGCCGCCCAGGUCAUCCAGACCAUUGGUACCCUUGCAACCAACAUUGUCACUACAUUUUACGCAGCUACCUUCCCUGGUCUCAUCUACAAUCUGCCCAAGAUCUUUGAAUCCGAACAAGAGGUCAAGGCUGGCACCAAGACACCCGAGGCACACGCUGAGAUGGACUCGUACGAAAGAUCCAAGCUCUACAACCUGGUCAAUAUCACGGGUUCAGCCAUUGUUGUUGUCACCUACGCUAUUGCCGUCGGUAUCUCGGCGGGCAUUGGCUACGAUGACGAUAAGAAAAUCUUCACCUACCGCGUUCUUCUCGGCUACUUUGGAGCCAUCACUCUCAUCUGCACCGUCCCUUUCUUCAUUGUCCAGAAGCACCGCCCCGGUCAGCAGCUUCCCGAGGGUGCUAACUGGCUUACUGUUGGUCCCAAGCAAGUCUGGAGUGCCGCCAAGAGCGCCAGGCACCUCAAUCAGUGUCUUCUCUACCUCCUGGCCUUUUUCAUGCUUCAAGAGACUUUUGGUACCUACUUCCAGGUCACCGGUAUCCUCCAGAACAAGCUCGUCAACUUUAGCCCUCUCAAGAUCAACGCUAUGCAGCUUGUUGCUGACUUGUCUGGUGGUUCUGGCACCGUCUUCGUUCUCCUCCUCCAGAAAAAGUUCCGCUUCUCUGUUAAGGCGGGUGUCUUCUACGGUGCUUGCAUGACUCUAGUUCCCAGUCUCUGGGGCGCCAUCGGCUACUUCACCAACACCAUUGGCUUCCAUCACGAGUGGGAGUUUUGGCUUGCACAGUGCUGGAACUUCCAGACCGCCGCCUGGGGUUCCUACCAGGUGACCAUGAUUUCCGAGGUCGUCCCCGCCCCCAAGGCCUACAUGUUCUUUGCCCUCUUUAACAUGGUUGGUAAGACGUCUGGUUUCAUCGGUCCCUUUGUGUCCUCGGCGAUCAUCUCCCGCGCCAACGACAACCCAAGCGCCGCCUACUGGUUCCUCUUUGCCAUGGGCAGCGUCGGCGCUUUUGCCUUGUACUGGUGUGAUACCGAUAAGGCUAAGCGCGACAAUGCAGCCUAUCUCGAGAGAGAGGCCAAUGAGUACUACAGCAGCCAGCAACUUCAAAAGGCAAGGCUUGAUGAGGCCGAGGAAAGCAAUGUCAAAGUUGCUUAGAGUACCAUUUUAAGUAGACGCUGCGAGAUUAGGUUUAUUUUAGUUAUCAUGAUACUUGUCGUACUUUUGCAAUACA